AUGUAGACGCGGGGUGAUAAUCUUUCCAACAGUGCGACAACACCAGUAGUCUUCUGAUUUGCCUCGAUUCUAGUCACCAGUCGAGUGUGCGAUGUGUGAACGGACAGGUGACCCAAUGAGGAAGUUGUGAUUUCAAAUCAAUCUGAAAUGAGGCUUUAGAUAUCAAAUUUUCGGUGUAUUGCAAUAUUGGUCCUCGCAAUGACUUCUAACAGUAGCUACCGGGUUGUAUAGAAUAAAACUGAUCGAGCGAGUUACUUAUUGGUAUUGCCGUUCUGUACAAUUUAUUGAAAUUUCUCAGCCUUUCGAAGAAAAAAGUGCUAAUCAUCGAUUGCUAAUAGGUGUGCUCAUAUAGGUGAUAAGAAAAAGCGGUGUAUUCAAUAAAAACGAAAAUGAGGUCUAGCUAUUUGUGUGGAUUAUCGUCCUGGCAUCCAACGUGGCUACAGCGGUUCGCCACGUCAAGGACCUUCAUUAUGGUGUACGGACUGCUAGGAACAACCCAGGCUAUGGCAUACAUUUAUUUCGUGAUCACAUUGACCACGCUCGAGAAACGCUUCAAAAUUCCAUCAUCAACGACAGGUAUCAUCCUUAGUGGCAACGAAAUAUCGCAGAUUCUACUAUCGCUAAUUCUAUCGUACGUUGGUGGCCACCGCAACAGGCCCCGAUGGAUCGCAUGGGGUGUGGUGUUCUGUGCGCUUUCUUGCUUCAUCCUAGCGUCGCCUCAUUUCAUCUACGGAGCAGGCGAAUCCGCACUCCAGCUCACCAAGGAGUUCAUCAGUGAUCAGGAAGCAGAAGCGCUCUUGAAAAGCCAUAACCUCACGACAAUAGUCAAAAGUACAAAUCGUCUCUGUCUGAGCACCUUUACACCGAAAGAGUGUCAAGAUAUUAUCUCCGUCGUUCCACUGAUACUGAUAUUUAUGUCUCAGUUUGUGCUGGGAAUCGGCAAUACUCUCUACUAUUCGCUUGGUCAAACAUACCUGGAUGACAACACCAAGAAGACCAAUACACCACUAAUGCUGGCAUAUGCCUCAUCACUACGAACGUUUGGGCCCGUCGUGGGAUUUGCGUUGGGUUAUUUUACAUUGAAAAUCUACAUUGAUCCGUCGAAAACGCCGAUCAUCGACAGCUCAGAUCCCCGCUGGUUGGGUGCGUGGUGGCUCGGAUGGAUUAUUCUGGGUGCAGCAAUGUUAAUAUUUGCAGCUCUAAUAGGACUGUUUCCAAAAGAAUUGCCCAAAAACAAACCUGUGGAAAUUAAGCGACCGAAAUCAAACAUGCCAGUCGUACUAAUGAAUGAUGCGGAAGCUUUCGGUAAGGAGAAAAAUCCUUUGAGCAGGGCUAAAGAGGCACACAAUAACAAUUCAACCACGAACAGCCCCGAGGAGGCGAUUGCACCUUUGGUAGAAUUCCCGCAAUUGAAAGAUUUUCCUAAAGCAUUGAUGCGGCUUCUCAAAAACAAACUGCUGAUGUUUAACAUAAUCUCCGGUGUUUUUUACAUCCUUGGCUCUAGUGGUUACAUUACAUUCCUCAGCAAGUACAUUGAGGUCCAGUUUCAUAAAUCGACUGCCAACGCAACGGUAAUCACAGGACCGAUCACACUUUUUGGAAUGGUUGCAGGAUUUUUAAUCUCAGGUAUCGUCAUCUCAAAGAAAAAACCGUCACCGAAAGUGCUUCUAUUCUGGAACGUGAUUGUCGGUGUCGGCUACAUGUGUGGUCAAUUUUCCUACCUGUUUCUAACCUGCCCGGAUGGCACUAUGCCUCUGGUUCAGGGUCGACUAAAUUUGUCAACCACAUGCAACAGUCACUGUCAUUGCGACGGAAUUCCCUACAGCCCGAUCUGCCAGGAGGAAACAGGAAUUACUUUCUUCUCGGCGUGCCACGCAGGUUGUGACAUGUGGAAUACUACGGGAAAAUACUACGAUCAAUGUACGUGCCAAAACGAACAUUACUCGUCCAUUACAACACCCUGGGAUGAGUCGACAAGCUCAACCGCGUCAUUUCGAUACACUGAGCCACCAACAAUGAAACAGUUUUCGUCCUCUACCGGCCAAUAUGUAACAAAUACUAUCAGUACUUCUACUGCAGCCAGUACUACGACUGAAGACCCGGAUUAUGAUUAUUCUCCCAAUUUCAAAUCAUUGAUACCACACGAAAACAUCACUAACCAGGAUUUUAAAUCGACAAACGAUACUUCGGAGGACGAUUCUUACAGUUACGAUGACAGCAUACAGGACUAUUUCGAUCGAUUCGUAAACGGCGAUGGUGAUUUCAAUGCUACAUCAAGUGAAGAACCCGAACAAUCGAGACAACGACGCGAACUGGUGAAUUUCACCACCGAUAGCGGUAGCAGUACAACCCAACGUGAGGAGAGUUUUUUUAACGCUAAGCUCAUACCAGGUGCUUGCUUGAAAGGCUGUGCUUUUGGAUUUUAUUUAUUUUCCAUCAUAUCCAGUAUUAUCAACUGUUUUGGUGCAUCCGGGCGCAUAGGAAAUUUAUUGGUUAAUUACAGAUGCGUUGCCAAAGAAGACAAAUCCUUUACGCAGGGCCUCAUUUUGAUGAUGAUCAGCUUGUUUGCGCUCAUACCAGGACCUAUUAUCUACGGAAGGAUCAUAGAUAGCACAUGUCUCGUGUGGACCGAAGAGUGUGGCACACGUGGAAACUGUCAGCUUUACGAUCAGCGCCUGUUUCGAUAUUACAUUAAUUUUACGGCACUAGGUUUAACGGCAGUUGGAGUAUUUUUCGACGUUCUAGUAUGGUGGCACGGAAAAACCUUGGAUCUGUACGGUGAACGGGAAGCAGAGGAGAAAAAAGCAGUUACUAAAAUUCCGGCCAAGAGUGCCUUUUCGUGAUCCACUGAAACACGAGAAUGAAUGCCACUUAAUUUUCUCUAUAGAGGAGUAGGAUAUAUCGGAUGCAACUUUUAACAAGAACAUUUUAUGUGAUUUUAUAUUUAAAACAGUAAAAUAGAGUAAAAGUCUUUACAAAUAUAUCUUCUAAAUCUGUGAUUUGUUAAAGCAAUAAAUUUGUUUUCUUUAUGUGAAUAAUAACAA